AUGACCAGAAAGAAGGUGAAACUCGCAUUCAUAACCAAUGAUUCAGCGAGGAAGGCGACAUUCAAGAAAAGGAAGAAGGGACUAAUGAAGAAGGUUAGUGAACUCAGCAAACUUUGCGAUAUUGAUGCUUGUGCUAUAGUUUAUAGUCCCUAUGAUCCUCAGCCAGAGGUUUGGGCGUCCCCAAAAUUGGGGGUCCAAGGAGUGCUUGCCAAGUUCAUGAGAAUGCCUGAAUUGGAGCAGAGCAAGAAGAUGGUGAAUCAAGAGAGCUUUCUGAGACAGAGAAUCCAAAAGGCCACAGAGCAGGUGAAGAAACAGAGGAGGGAUAACAGAGAAAAGGAGAUAACACAACUCAUGUUUCAGUGCCUCAGUGACAGUGCAGGUAAAAUUUUGGACAAUAUAAGCAUGGUUGAUUUAAAUGAUCUGGCUUGGAUUAUUGACCAGAACUUGAAGGACAUCAAUCAAAGGAUUCAAGUGUUGACCAAGAAGAAUGGUCAGAGCCAAGCCCAAAUCCAAAUGGUAGCACCAGCACCAGCACCAGCACCAGUGGUGACUGAUGUUGUAGCCAAGAUUGAAGAGAUGAACAUUGAUGAUGUAAUGCAGAAGCAGCAUUGGUUUAUGAAUUUGAUGAAUAGUAGUGGUGGGGAUCAGGCACUGCCUUUGGGAGAUGUCAAUCACCAAAGUGGUUUUUGGCCAUUUUUCCACUAA